AAAGUGGCGUUGCUCUUGAGGUUGCAACUUGAACUCGUGCUAGGAAAUUCGGAAUGCGCAAGGAUCGCGGGCUCAUUCAUGGAUGCAUGGCCGCCCAACGAUAUUGAUGACUUUUAUCAUCGCUCCCUUGGAAGAAAGCAACUUCAGUCUCCGAGCGUCGAAGCGUACGGUAAUGGAGUGAAGCGAAGAGAGUUGGCGAUCUCCACCGAGCUUGCAGUCUCCAGUGUCCACCGAUUAUAUACGGACGUUGAAGCAAUAAUUGAACAUAGGCCACAAGGAUGCCGGCACCCUGCGCGCGCCAGCCAGACUUCGUUAAAGCUGGACGUUACAAAUGCAUCCCAGGCAAUUGUAUUUGUUGACACUAUUUGAAACAACACUGGCUAUACCAUCAUGUGUUGAUGAAGCUUUCACGGUUGCCAGAAGUCUAUGAGUCGUCUGCGAAUGAGUGUCCGAAUAUUGGUAUCAUCUUGAACGGGCCGAAAGUAUCGCAGUCUGACG